AUGCUCUCGAAUUGGUACAUUGCGAAGUUAGUAUCCUAUUCUGAUUGGAUGUAUUAUAUUGAUACACAUUAGAUUAAAAAAAUAUAUAUAUGUAUUUAGAUAUAAAUUUCUUUUUUGUGGUCAAUUGAAUAAGCUGUGCUGUAUAAUGUACAAUUAAUUUAUCCUAUAUGCAUAUUUGUGAUUUGAAAUAGUUUAUGUGAAAAGGUGCAAUACUGAAAGAAAUAUAUGUACAUAGUAGUGUGCACAUAUGAAAACAAAGAAUUGGCAAAAAUGUAAGGCAAUGCAACGUCUUUCAUUUGUUGGGAGAUCGUCGUCGUCGGUACCAUUUCAAUAGCAAGUAGAUUUGCAUAGUACACCUAACGAAGGAACCGAGGUCCAACGCACAAACAUGGCGGAUUUGGAAGCUGUGCUGGCGGACGUCAGCUAUCUGAUGGCCAUGGAGAAAUCCAAAUGUACACCAGCAGCCAGAGCUAGCAAAAGGCUUGUUUUGCCCGACCCCAGCGUCCGGAGUGUUAUGUAUAAAUAUUUGGAAAAGGAGAGCGAACUGAAUUUCCACAAAAUAUUCAACCAAAUAUUGGGUUAUUUGCUGUUCAAAGACUUUUGCGAAAAUGAUUCAGAAGAACCCAUACAGCAGCUUAAAUUUUACGAACAGAUAAAAAAUUUUGAGAAAACCGAAAGCUAUGAAGAGCGCAAAGAAUUAGCUCGAGAAAUAUAUGACAAUUUUAUUAUGGAAGAAAUGCUCUCUCACACAUACGAAUAUUCCAAAGAAGCUGUAGCCAGUGUACAGAAAUAUCUUUUAAAAAAUGAAGUACCCGUUAAUUUGUUUGAGCCUUAUAUCGAGGAGAUAUUUAACCACCUGAAAGGAAAGCCAUUCAAAAAGUUCUUGGAGAGCGAUAAAUUCACACGAUUUUGCCAAUGGAAGAACCUAGAACUUAAUAUACAGUUAACCAUGAACGACUUCAGUGUUCACCGAAUCAUUGGCCGUGGGGGCUUUGGCGAAGUGUAUGGCUGUCGAAAAGCUGACACUGGCAAAAUGUAUGCCAUGAAAUGUUUGGAUAAAAAGCGCAUCAAAAUGAAACAAGGCGAAAUGUUGGCGCUAAACGAAAGAACUAUGUUGCAAGCUGUGAGCACAGGGAUGGACUGUCCUUUCAUUGUUUGCAUGACCUAUGCAUUUCAUACACCUGACAAGCUGUGCUUCAUACUUGAUCUAAUGAAUGGCGGUGAUCUGCAUUAUCAUCUAUCACAACAUGGUGUCUUCAACGAGGAUGAGAUGAAGUUCUAUGCCGCUGAGGUAAUUUUGGGCUUAGAACACAUGCACAAACGCUUCAUAGUCUAUAGGGACUUAAAACCGGCAAACAUUUUACUCGAUGAGAAUGGACACAUACGCAUAUCGGACUUGGGUUUGGCAUGCGAUUUUUCGCGAAAAAAGCCGCAUGCCUCAGUGGGCACACACGGCUAUAUGGCGCCAGAAGUGCUUUCUAAAGGCACUGCAUAUGACUCAUGCGCCGAUUGGUUUAGUUUCGGCUGUAUGCUUUAUAAAUUGCUUAAGGGUCAUUCACCGUUCAGACAACACAAAACAAAAGAUAAACACGAAAUCGAUCGAAUGACUUUGACUAUGAACGUUGAAUUACCGGACUGUUUUACGCCCGAAUUAAGAAGCCUUUUGGAUUCAUUGUUACAGAGAGAGGUAGAUAAACGACUGGGAUGCAUGGGAAAUGGUGCGGACGAAGUGAAGAUGCAUCCAUUCUUUUCGGGCAUAGAUUGGCACCAGGUCUAUGUUCAAAAAUAUACACCACCAUUAAUACCACCGAGAGGCGAGGUUAAUGCCGCUGAUGCAUUCGACAUUGGCUCCUUUGAUGAAGAGGAUACGAAAGGCAUUAAGCUAACAGAUAGUGAUCAGGAACUAUACAAAUUCUUUCCACUUACAAUUUCCGAGAGGUGGCAACAAGAAAUCGCCGAAACAGUAUUCGAAAGCGUUAACAUUGAAACAGAUAAAAUAGAACAGAAGAAAAAGGCCAAACAAAAGCAGCAUUUCGAUGCAGACGAAAAGGAGUCGGACUGCAUAUUACAUGGUUAUAUAAAAAAAUUAGGUGGCUCCUUUGCAUCACUCUGGCAAACCAAAUAUGCUAAGCUUUAUCCAAAUCGAUUAGAGAUGUAUUCGGAGAGCGGAAGCAAUAAGCCAGAGCUAAUAUUUAUGGACCAAAUUGAGGAUAUUUCCUCGGAUUUCGUACAUUACAAAGGAGAACAAUGCAUACAAAUUCGCGUUAAUGAUGGAUCUCGUGAUGGCAGAAUAAUCCUAACAAAUUCAGAUGAAAUCGGCUUAAAAGAAUGGGCAUUCUCUCUACGAUCAGCCCAUAAAAAGUCACAAGAGCUUUUGGGUUCUAUGGCACGAAAAGCAGGAAAAAUCUAUGGCAGCGAACGUGAUGCAAAUAAAUCUUUAUAUAUUUUAACGGGAAGCAAUCCAAUUUCCAAAGUUUCCAACGGAUCCAACUAGCAAAUAUACAAAGGACGCACUGAAAGCUUAGGGCAGAUGAUGCUGGUGAUGAUGUCGAUGAAAAAGAAAAAUCAAAAGCAGCAUCAGCAGCAACAGAAACAGAAACAGAUGCAGAGAAAGAAGCACCAGCACAAGCUCCAACUCGUAUUUCGGUUUAUUAAGCAAAUGCUUUUUUAUUAUAAUGUGUAACAUUUUUUAGACUAUUUUUACAUGAUUGGUUUAAUAUACUUUUCAAAUGCAUUUGCAGGAGUAAAUAAAUAGAAAGUACUAAAAUUUAGCAAACAUACACACAUACAUACAUACAAACAAACAUAUGUUAGAGAAUAUAUCGUAAAACAAUAGGCAUUGUUACAGCAAGAUGUGCAGAGCAAAUUGACGGAUACUACGACUGCUAUACGUGAGUAAAGCGUAAAUGGAAUCAACGUAAUAGCGUAAAAACUGCAAUUUGAUUUGCAAGCCAAACACGCAUACAUACGAGUUCAUUAGAAAUGGGCAUAUCAAAGUGUAAUUAAUGCAUUCAUAUAAAUUGAUUAAACACUUUAGUGAUGCAGUUGGCCCAAAGUUGGUGCAUACAUAUGUUUAAAACAAAGUACGAAGUCGCAUUUGAAAAAAGAAGCAAAUAAAAAAAUCCAAUUUUAGAACAAUCACUGGUUAGAAGACCGCUGGUCGUGUAGUUUUAUGUAGUCUCGAGCGGGUUUAAUAUCUGCUCUUAUAGAUACAUGCAUACAUACAUACACACGUACACACAUACACAUAUGUACAUAUGUAUAUACAUAUGUACUGGGCUUAACAGCCGGUUGAUGUGCAAUUGCAAUGUUAUUCGAAAUCACGCCUAUCAUAGAAGUAGUAGAUGGUAAAUACAUAGUACAUACAUAUGUAAACUUAUCAUUAAUUUUGCUGUAAAUCGUACAUUUGUGUUUUAAGUUGUUGUUAUUUUUAUUGUAUUUGUGUAAUUAUUUGUUAACUAAAUGAAAUUCUGCAAAGAAUA